AAAAAAGUGUCAAAAGCUGAAAUGGAAUGUAAAUUGCAAAACUUUUUCAGCUUAAGUUACGACCAUUUUCUUUCAUUUUUUUAAUUGAUUCGUUAUGCCUACCUCCUUCGGUAACGACUUUCGCACUAUUCGUAUGUCUUAUUAUUUAUUGUGAUUAAUCGUUUUAGAACUAUUUAAGUUCCGUUCAUUUUGUAAUUACUGUGCCAUUUACACAUUGUUCAAGAAAAGUAAAACAGAAAUAGAGUUUGAAGUAGUUGUGAUCAGAGGGUAAAUUAAUUGUAAACUACAUAUGGUAUGUACGAUGCUUUGCUUCAACUCUAAAACUUGGUAUUUGCUUCACGAUUCUUUUCGUGCUUUCAUGCUGUUUUCUUGGGGUUUAGUUCAGUGAUUUCUAAUUUCUGUGACCAAGAGGAUCGUGAUUUUACAUGAUGAGAAUUGGGGGCUUCUUGAUUUAUAUAUUUGGAGUAGAUUCACAUAUAGUUUGUGGUUAGAAAAAUAUGGAAUUGGGAUUAGGUGUGUUUUCCUUUUAACUUUAAGUACUAAACCAGAGGUAUCUGGUUGGGUACAUGUAGAUUUAAAUUCUUUAAUUGACAUUACUAGUUAUCUUAGAGCCGAAUGAUAAAAUAUGAUUUAUAUAACAGACUCGAUGUAAUAAGAAUAUUGGAUAUUUAAAAAAAUAUUGUUGUAUGAUCUCAGGAAUACCUGGAGAUGGAAGAUGCUUGUUCCGGUCGGUGGUUCAUGGAGCUUGUCUGAGAGCAGGAAAUCCAUCCCCAAAUGAAGCUUCUGAAAGAGAGCUUGCUGAUGAACUUCGAUCCAAGGUUGCGGACGAAUUCAUCAAGAGACGAGCAGAUACUGAAUGGGUUCCAAUUACAGUUUACAUGUGGGAUAAGAAGACAAAUCGGCUACAGAUAAUAGCUGAAUAUGGAGGAGCAGAAUAUGGGAAAGAAAAUCCAGUUCGUGUUGUGUAUCAUGGUUACGGCCAUUACGAUGCAUUACAUACUUCAUCUUUUGGUGCUCUCCACCCCAAAAUGUACACGUAAAUGAUAUUACAUAUUUGUGUUAGGGAAAAUUGAAAGGAUUGAUAUUAAAACGAAAGUUUAAUUUAGUGUUGGUUUUGCUACUUAAUAAUGCCCAGGCACUCAGUAACCUAGGGAGGCUUCAUGCUGUUCUUCACUGUAUAAUAAAUACUACCAUCUCCUGAACUAAUGAGUCCAUAUUCCGGAAUCUACAGUAG